AUCAGUUGCAACGGCUUUACCCUCAGUGACCAAAGAGGACUGCAGGCUGUUGGUGUGGGAGUCUUCCCCAAUCUCUGCCAGGCUAACCAUGACUGCUGGCCCAAUUGUACUGUCAUCUUCAACAACGGCAAUCAUGAGGCUGUAAGAUCAAUGUUCCACACACAGAUGAGGAUCGAGCUGCGGGCACUGAGCAAGAUUUCUCCAGGGGACGAGCUGACGGUUUCCUACGUGGAUUUCCUUAAUGUGAGUGAGGAGCGGCGGAAGCAGCUGAAGAAGCAAUAUUACUUCGACUGCGCCUGUGAGCACUGCAAGAAGCAGAUCAAGGACGACCUGAUGCUGGCGGUGAAGGAGGGGGAAGGCAAGCCCUCGGCAGACAUGGUGAAGGAGGUUAUCCAGUUUUCCAAGGACACGCUGGAGAAGAUCAACAAGGCCCGCAUGGAGGGACUUUACCAUGAAGUCGUGAAGCUGUGCCGUGAGUGCCUGAAGAAACAGGAGCCUGUGCUGGGGGACACAAACAUCUACCUCCUGAGGAUCCUCAGCAUUGCCUCCGAGGUGCUGUCCUACCUCCAGAUGUUUGAGGAAGCAGCUGACUACGCCAAGAGGAUGGUGGACGGCUACCUGAAAAUAUACCAUCCCAACAAUGCGCAGCUGGGGAUGGCCGUGAUGCGGGCAGGGGUGACUCACUGGCAUGCUGGUCUCAUUGAAGCCGGGCAUGGCUUGAUCUGUAAAGCCUAUGCCAUUCUCCUGAUAACCCAUGGACCUUCCCACCCAAUUACCAAAGACCUGGAGGUCAUGCGUGUCCAGACGGAGAUGGAGCUGCGCAUGUUUCAGCAGAAUGAAUUCAUGUAUUACAAGAUGAGGGAAGCUGCCCUCAAAAACCAAAAGAUUCAAGUCAUGCCUGAACCCAGCAAUGAGACCUCACCAAGCCUCUUCCACAAGAAGGAGUAAACUCCAAGCUUGACACAAAUUCAUGCCUGUGGGAUAACCUCACCUGUGGUACCUCCAAACAUUGGGAAUGUGAUAUAGGAAUGUGAUAUAUCCAUAAGGAUUGUUUCCAGUGGCACCUGUCAGACAGCAUGGACCUGCUGAGGGAAAGUCCGGAAAAAUCUUCUGAUGGCUCAAAGCAGAAGAGAUCUUUGCAGAAACCUUUUUCUACCACUAGCAUUAAAAAUCAAAGAAAAAAAACCUGUUAUAAAAUUAUUUACAUUCGUAUUGGAAGCCUGUUUCUCUCUACACAAGUCCUG